AGAGAGGCUCGGAAGAGCUGGCUGGAUGGUGGUACUCCUCUCUUUUCACUAUUAUUGUGAAGUUAUCAUGGCUGAGGUUCAGUGCAGCACUGAUACAACUGAGGAAGAUGCUACCGAACUCCAGUUCCCAAAAGAGUUCGAAAAGGCUGAGACCCUGCUGAUCUCGGAAGUUCAGAUGCUGCUUGAACAUCGUAAGCAAACUAACGAAAAUGCAGAGGAAGAACAGGAAUUGAAUGAGAGGUUUAUGAAAACUCUCAACUACUGUGAGAGGUUUUCAAAGUUCAAGAACAGAACAACAAUAAAGGCAAUUCGUGAGUUGCUAAACCAGAAGAAGCUGCAUAAGUUUGAACUGGCUGCAUUGGCCAACUUAUGUCCAGAAACUCCUGAAGAAGCAAAGGCUCUGAUUCCAAGUUUGGAGGGACGAUUUGAAGAUGAGGAACUUCGAAUUCUCCUGGAGGACAUGGCAACUCAGAGAAGUUUCCAAUGUUGAUAUCAACUACACUAUUCUUAUUAAUUUUUAUAUCUUAUGCUCUGUGUUUCUCCAGAAAAAAAAUCCAUAUUUAAUAGGAUGAUUGAAGAAUAUGGAAUUGUUCAAAUGUAUAAGAUUUGUUUAUUAAUAAAAACCAUUCAUUCUUGUUUUUCUUGUUAAAA